UCAAUGUUGGUGACAAAUUUAGCUCAGAAAGUGGUAUAAUCAGCAAUGAACAAAGUGCAGUCAAUAGAACACAACAGAAGAAAUUAAGUAAUAGACAAAAGUCCACUGUGAGAAGAUCAAUAAAGAUGAUCCGUUCAAAGCGAGGAAAAGCAACUUAUGAUAAACAUAAAAACUUUACUGAAAAAAAUGUUAAGACUCUUGGUGUGACAUUGGAGAAGACAAUGAGUACAGAAUCAGAUGACUCUCCUCUUGAGGUUAGUAUAAAAAAGAAAAUUGGAGAAGAUUUAACCAAUCAAAAUCUUCAUGUUGACAGUGAAGUACAAAAAUGUUUGGCCAAUCAGGAAUCACCAACAUUAGAUGCAAUCAUGAUCAGAGCUGGAAAGGAAGCAACCAAUCAGGAAACUCAUGAACUAAUUACAGUUGUGAAGAAGAGAGUCAGUCGUCAGGAAACAAUGCUACAUAACACACAUAAAGUACUUACAGCAAUUCAGAAAGCAACACAAGAAUUUAUGAUUGAGGACAAAAUUACAGAAAAUAUACAAGGAAUAUCCAGUGAAGACAUAAAGGAGCAGCAAAUAAACAGAGAUAGUAGAAUGGUACAGAAUGAAGGAACAAACCAAAAGACAAAGAAAAUAAACACAUUAUACAGUCAAGUACAGAAGAAAAUUAGCAAUCACAAAUCUAGAGAUCAGUUUACAGCAACUGGACCAAGUCCUGAAGAUCAGAUAGAUAUACAAAAUCUCGUACAAAGUCCCAAAAAAGAACCAAACAUUUCUAUAUGUGAGCCUCAAAUAAAUUAUCCACGAGAAUCAGCAAAUGUUAAAAUACAAAUUGAUCACAAAGAAGGACAGACAGAAAUAACAAAACAAGGAUCUACUACUGCCAAAGCAUAUAUGACACCCACUAGCCCACAGAAAGACACUUUUAGCAAACAGAAGGUUACCCUGAAUAAAAGAAUGCAGAAGACAAUGGACAAAGAGAAUCCCAAACCCGAAACUCAGAAUAAGCAAUUUCAUCCAAUUUCAUCCAAUAGAUUAGAGGAGAGUAGACAUAGUGAAACACAAGAGCAAAUUAGACCGAGAAAGGAACAUAAUACUCUGAUAUCACAGCAAGGUAUGAAUAUAUUAAAGAUGGACUACAAAAAGCCAGCAGCUGCAUCCAGGGACAUCCCCCACAGUACCACAGUUGUUGUAGAACAUGCAAAGGCAAAAUGCACAUCACAUGAAGAUGUACGAAAUGUAUGCAGACAUUCUCAUAGAUUUGCUAAAUGUCUUCUGGCUGAAGAAGUGGAGACAUGGGAGGGUGAGACAAAUACAGUUGUAAAAAUCACAAGAGAAAUGGCAGCCCAAAUGUCUUACAUGAUACAAUAUUUAGAAAGAAAAGGACCCAUAAAGAGUUCAGAACAGUUCAUUGCUUCUGCUAAAUAUAUAGCUACACUUGGGCAGACCUUUGUCAAGUUUAUUGGAAUAAUGGCUAAAAACUGCGCAGACGAGAGAAAUACACGUGGGCUGCUAUGUGGUAUGGAACAGGUACAAACUCUUAGCAAUCAACUCAGCAUCAUUUCAAGUGUGAAAGCAGCCACUGGAUUUGAUGACUACUCUGCAGAGGAUGUGCUGCUGAAAAAUGCACAGAACUUAAUUCAUAGUAUUUUACAGACAUGGAAAGCAGCAGAGGCGGCAUGCAUUAAGAGCACUGAGAAUCCCAUUUACAGCAAAGAUGAGGAGGAGGUGGCCGCAUUUUCUUCUCAGUUAAGAAGAAAAUUACUGUCUCAAAGGGCUAAAGAACCUGAAUAUUAAAAAAUUUUAAACCCUGCAGAUGAAACACUUAAAAAAAAAAAGGGAAAUAUUCUAAGGUCCUCACUCAUUAUCUAUUGUCUUGGUUUCAUAGUUGCAGUCCCAGCUCUACUACCAGGGGUGGUUGCUAUUUCGCCUCAGAAAUAACGAACUCUGAGCCUUUGCUGAGGGUUCUUUAAUUGUAAGUUGCGACCUCAUUGUUAUCUUAAACCUUAUGUUAGAUCAAUUUGUGAAAGAUAUGGCUAUAUCAUGUGUAGGUUUAAAUGCACACCAUAUACAUCAAUGCAAUACCUCAUAUAUCACAGCACAAACUAGAUGAUGUAUUUAUUCAGACACUAAUUAUUAUCCAAGUCAUGUCUCAAGGCCUGUUUAAAAGGUCGAACAUUGGAUAGUUACCUUACUUCUGGUAGCAUUAGAGGUAGAACGUGCUGAAAGCUCAUUUACAUACCCUCUUCCCUUUAUUCAGACACUAGAGACUAGACGAUGUAUUUAUUCAUGAAAAUAUUGUCGUGGUCCUUCA